CUUCUCUCUACCAAACUGAUCAUGGCUGACGUUCUCAUUGUCGGCGCCGGUCCGGCCGGACUCGCACUCGCAUGCACCCUCGCCCGCAGCGGCGUGUCCGUCCACAUCAUCGAAGCCCAGACGGCACCCGCGCCCGGUUCACGCGCCAAGGGACUCCAACCGCGCACUCUUGAAGUCUUUGACGAUUUAGGUAUCAUCGAGACGGUACUUUCGCACGGCCGUCUUGCCAUACCCAUAUACUCGACCGAUACGGCGACCGACACGACCCAUCGCAUCGGGAAACCCCAUGAACCGACGCCCUCGACCCCCUACGCUGCAAGCCUGGUCUCACCCCAAUGGCGGACAGAGGGGGCAUUUCUCGCUCGACUGGCUGAAUUGGGAGUCACAGUCUCGUACAAUGUCAAAUUUCUUUCCUUCCACCAGUCCGAGACAACCGUCACGGCGACAGUCCUCGACAACGGAGAAGAAAAGACCAUCUCAGCGUCGUGGCUGGUGGGCUGUGAUGGCGGACACAGUAGCGUCAGAAGAGCAGCUGGAAUCCCCUUCCUGGGCGAGACAUUUGAAGAUGUCCGCCUCCUGGUUGCCGACGUGCACGUCGAGGGACUCGACCGCGAGGCCUGGCGCAUGUGGCGUGACGGCAAGGGCGGCUUCAUAGGUCUGUGCCCGUUACCCUCUACCGAGGAAUUCCAGCUCCAGACCUUGCUUUUGCCAGACGAACGGCCAGAUCUGUCCUCCCUCCCGUAUAUUCAGGGCCUGCUGAACGCACAGAGCAAACGAAACGACAUCAUCCUCUCGCAACUGGGUUGGAGCUCGCUGUGGCGCGAGAACGUCCGCAUGGUGGCCACCUACCGCUCCGGUCGUGUCUUCCUCGCCGGUGACGCAGCACACGUCCAUCCUCCUGCAGGCGGGCAGGGAAUGAACACCGGGAUCCAGGAUGGGUACAAUCUCGGCUGGAAGCUGGCUGCCGUGCUGCAUGGGGCGUCGCCUGCCUUGCUCGACACGUACGAGAAGGAACGGCUUCCCGUUGCGGCGGGUGUGCUCUCGCUGUCGACCACACUGCUGAACGACACCAUUUCCACCGUCACCAUCGCCAGGGACGACCGCACACUCCAGCUCGGUGUCGGUUAUCCUACGUCUUCGCUUUCAAGGGAUACUCGCGAGGUCCAUCUUCGCCAGGGAACCGUACAGGCCGGAAAUCGCGCCCCCGAUGCACCGGGUCUGGUUAUCUCAACGCAGUCGUCUGAUGCGACUGUGUGUCGGCUCUUUGAUUUCCUGCGCGGUGACCAUUUCACCCUGCUCUGCUUUACGGAGACGGUUGACGUGGCUCCUCGUCCAUGGCUUCACAUCAAAACAGUCCAUGUCACUGAUGAGCUCGAUGCCAGCGGCCACCUGCGUGCUGCGUAUGGGCUGUCUGAUGGGGCGGUUGUUCUUAUCCGUCCGGAUGGAUAUAUCGGGUUAAUCGCUCAAGAGGGCUGUCAGGCUGCCGUGGAGAGUUACUUGGACGAGUUGUCUGGAUAGAGUAUAUUUCUUUCUUGGGAGCAUUGUAAAGUAUAGAGUAUCCAAUCGUUUAUCAACCAAUUUUAUUUGCAGCAAUAAAUUUC